GCUGCCUCCUCCUCCUCUAGAUGCACGCGUGUCUUUGUCGGUGAGCGUUAGCUGCACAUUUUCCUACUCGCCUCCAGUGUCCGUCGUUGACCUCGGGGAUUUUGCCUCUUCUUUUGCAGUCGUUAUUAAAGCAUAAGGCUGAGCCAUGCCGUCAGUCCCCUCCACCAAAGAGACCGCCGUCAAGGCCCCCGCGUGCCCUCACGCCGCCAAGCUGCUCCCCCACGGCAACGGAGACCUCAAGCUCCGGGAGGGCUCCUUCCCGCCGAAGGGCGCCGACAAGCUGCCGCCGAUGGCCGAAGACGAGCCGGACCUCAGCAUCCAGAUCAACACAAAGAGCGUCGCCGCGGAGAGGAAAUGGAUCCGGCCCGACCUCCCCAGUCGCUGCACCUGGAGCCUGGGAGCGGCCAAGGACGAGUCCCCCCACCCGCAGGUCGCGAGAGCCGCCGCAGCGACCAUUCUGCCGAACAUCCUGCACCGGAUCGGUGACACGCCGCUGGUUCGCAUCAACAAGAUCCCCAAAGUGUUUGGACUCAAAUGCGAAUUGUUGGCAAAGUGUGAGUACUUCAACGCCGGCGGGAGCGUGAAGGACCGCAUCAGCCUGCGGAUGGUGGAGGACGCAGAGAGAGCCGGGCUCCUCAAGCCGGGAGACACCAUCAUAGAGCCCACCUCUGGAAACACGGGUAUUGGCCUGGCUCUGGCUGCAGCUGUGAAAGGGUACCGCUGCAUCAUUGUCAUGCCCGAGAAAAUGAGCAUGGAGAAGGUGGACGUUUUGAGGGGACUCGGAGCCGAGAUUGUCCGCACGCCCACCAGCGCUCGCUUCGACUCCCCAGAGUCUCACGUCGGCGUCGCGUGGCGCCUUAAAAACGAGAUCCCCAACUCCCACAUCCUGGACCAGUACCGCAACCCGAGCAACCCGCUGGCCCACUACGACACCACAGCCGAGGAGAUCCUGGAGCAGUGUGACGGUAAACUGGACAUGCUGGUGGCGGGAGCAGGGACUGGGGGGACGAUCACAGGCGUCGCCCGCAAGCUGAAGGAAAGGUGCCCCAACAUCAAAAUAGUCGCUGUUGACCCAAAAGGCUCCAUCCUGGCGGAGCCCGAGGAGCUUAACAAGACGGAUAAGACCCAGUACGAGGUGGAGGGCAUCGGGUACGACUUCAUCCCCACCGUGCUCGACCGGUCGGUCGUGGAUAGCUGGUACAAGUCGGAUGACGAGGAGUCCUUCAACAUGUCUCGCAUGCUGAUGCGAGAGGAGGGCCUGCUGUGCGGUGGCAGCUCCGGGACGGCCAUGGCAGCUGCAGUACACGCCGCCAAGGAGCUCAAGGAGGGCCAGCGCUGUGUGGUCAUCCUGCCGGACUCCGUCCGCAACUACAUGUCCAAGUUCCUGAGUGACAAGUGGAUGCUCCAGAAGGGCUUCCUGAGUGAGGAGGACCUCAUGGUGAAGAAACCAUGGUGGUGGAACCUGAAGCUGCAGGCUUUGAACCUCUCCGCCCCCCUCACCGUGCUGCCUACCGUCAAUUGUCAGAGGACCAUCAAAAUCCUGAAGGAGAAGGGCUUCGACCAGGCGCCUGUGGUGGAUGAGGCUGGGUUGAUCCUGGGCAUGGUGACUUUAGGGAACAUGUUGGCCUGUAUUCUAGCUGGGAAGAUCAAGGUGUCCGACCCCGUCAGCAAAGUGCUCUACAAGCAGUUCAAACAGAUUCGUCUCACUGAUCAUUUGGGAAAGUUAUCCCGCAUUCUGGAGACGGACCACUUUGCGCUGGUGGUACAUGAACAGAUCCAAUACUUGACGGACGGGUCUCCGUGUCUGAAGCAGAUGGUUUUCGGGGUGGUGACGGCCGUCGACCUGCUCAACUUUGUGACAGGGCGGGAAAGAAGGGAGCGAUCCAUGUCGGAGUCCACCGACGAGCUGAACUAAACUGAUGCAAAUAACAUUUCUCUCACUUGCAUAACAAACACAAUAACAACUUUGGUUAGAUGUGUCUCAAAUGUGACAGUUAAUCUUUUGAGGGUUUUUGAUUGAGGUUUCUUAUUUAGAAAAAGAAAAUCAGAUUCAUUUUGUAUUUUUUGCAGGGUUACUUAUAGUUUUAAACGUUUGAUUAUUACUUAUUAUAGGUCAUUGUAGCGUUCACAGCAUUUUUUUUAAACUUUGUUACUUGUAGAAUGUUUUCUGUUUUCUAUCUAAAAUGGAGGCAUCUGUGUUGCUGAUUUAUUUGUCUGAAUAUUACAAGAUUGUUUUUUCUUUGGCCUUUUGUAUCAAUCAAACAUCAGAUAUAAGACAAAAUCUAUUAAUUUAAUUGAUAAAGAAUAGACAUGUAGAUUGCUGCUGUACAUGCACACAUUAUAUUUCCAAUGCUGCUUAUGAUGUGUUGCCCGUUUCAUUUGUGUUCCUUGUAAACACAAACAGCGUAUACAUGCGGGCGGUAAUCAAGAUUUCUUUAAACACUUUUGCCAGAGUGACUGUGACUGACUGAAAAUGCAAAGUUUCCUUGAAUGUAGUUUAAUCAAAGCUGUCUGAAAUGUUUUGUAUUGCAUCCUUUUUGCCUCAGAAUGUGUAUGAUUAAAUCAAGUUUAAAUCAAU